AGAACAUGUAGGCACUUCGGCGCUUCAUUCACUUUCUUUCUGCGAGAAGUUUCUGGCUCUCUCUCUCUCAUUUGCUCAGCACUUUCUAUAUUAAUACCUUCUCUUUUUCUCCGCUUACUCUGUUCCCCUCUGUCUCUGCUUAAACAGUGAGCUCUUCUAGCUUGUGCGGUAAUAGUAUUAUUAUACUCUGCAUUUUCUUGAGCUUUCUUCGACUUUAGUGUUCUUUAGUCUGUGUAGUGUGUUCAUGGCUGAACAAGCAUACACUGUUGCAUCCGACAGUGAAACAACCGGGGAGGAAAAGACUUCACCUGCUUUCCCUGAGAUAGCAAUUGGAAUUGACAUUGGUACAUCUCAAUGCAGUGUAGCAGUUUGGAAUGGAUCUCAGGUGGAACUGCUCAGAAACACGAGAAACCGGAAAUUGAUGAGAUCAUAUGUUACCUUCAAAGAUGAGGUCCCAGCUGGUGGCGUUAGCGAUGAACUGGCUCACGAAUAUGAUAUGUUGUCUGGAGCUGCAAUCUUCAACAUGAAACGUCUCAUUGGCAGAGUUGAUACAGAUCCUGUGGUUCACGCCAGCAAGAACCUCCCCUUUUUGGUUCAAACAUUAGAUAUCGGUGUUAGGCCAUUUAUUGCUGCCCUAGUGAACAAGAUGUGGAGGUCCACUACUCCUGAAGAAGUUCUUGCUAUAUUUCUAGUUGAACUAAGAGCCAUGGCUGAAGUUAAACUGAGACGUCCUGUAAGGAAUGUGGUUUUAACAAUUCCAGUUUCGUUUAGCCGAUUCCAGUUGACCCGAAUUGAACGAGCCUGCGCCAUGGCAGGGCUACAUGUUCUAAGAUUGAUGCCUGAACCAACUGCAGUUGCUCUAUUAUAUGCUCAGCAGCAACAACAGUCUGCACAUGAAAAUAUGGGUAGCGGGAGUGAGAAGAUAGCCCUUAUAUUCAAUAUGGGCGCAGGGUAUUGUGACGUAGCUAUAACAGCUACAGCAGGAGGUGUGUCACAGAUCAAGGCCUUGGCGGGCAGCACAGUUGGAGGUGAGGAUCUACUUCAAAAUCUGAUGCAUCACCUCUUACCAAGCAUGGAUCAUAUAUUCUCGAGCCACGGGAUCGAAGAAAUAAAGAGAAUGGGGUUGCUUCGAGUUGCCACCCAGGAUGCCAUCCAUCAACUCUCAUCCGAAAUGAGUGUCCCGAUCGAUGUUGACUUGGGAAAUGGAACAAAAAUAUCUAAGUUUCUUGAGAGGGCAGAGUUUGAAGAGGUGAACAAAGAGGUGUUCCAGAAAUGUGAGACCUUGAUAAAACGCUGCUUGUGUGACGCUAAACUAGAAGCGGAAGAUGUACAUGAUGUCAUAAUUGUCGGUGGCUGUUCCUACAUUCCAAAGGUUCGUAAUAUUGUGAUGAGUAUAUGCAAAAGAGAAGAGCUUUAUUCAGGAAUGAACCCGCUGGAGGCAGCUGUACGUGGUGCAGCUCUGGAAGGAGCAGUAGCUUCGGGAAUUAGCGAUCCAUUUGGGAGUUUGGACCUUUUAACCAUUCAAGCAACUCCUUUAAGCAUUGGCAUUCAAGCUGAUGGAAGCAACUUUGUACCAAUUAUUCAUCAGAACACCACAACCCCGGUAAGGAAAGAACAGAAUUUCACUACCGUCCAUGACAAUCAAGCCGAAGCAUUGAUCUUUGUUUAUGAAGGUGACGAGAAAACUGUGGAAGAUAACCAUCUCUUAGGGUAUUUUAAGAUCACUGGAAUACCUCCAGUACCAAAAGGUGUACCGGAGAUUAACGUGUGCAUGGACAUUGAUGCUUCUAAUGUGCUGAGAGUCUUUGCUGGUGUUAUCAUUCCGGGGGCGAAAUGUCCUCCUCCUUUCAUGGAAGUUAGGAUGCCUACAGUUGAUGAUGGACAUGCCUGGUCUGCUCAAACUCUGCAUAAAACAUAUGGCUCUACUUUAGAUUUGGUCACAGUGAAGAAGAAAGGGCAGCAUUGAGAUUGCUGACUAGAUGAUAUAGAUAGGUAGUUGAAAUGCUGUUCUUAGUAGUGAAGAAGGAAUUAAGUGUGGUAACUGUUUGUCGUAAAUAUGUGUCUUGGAGAAUAAUCUUGGUUGUGCCUUGAGAAUAAUAAUAAUAAUAGUAACUGUUAUCCAUGUUGCUUCA